AUGGUUGCGGGACGGACUCAGACCGCGGCGGCGUCUGCGGAUGGGGCUACGGCACGAGAACAGGCGUUGUUGGAGUUGAGUAAGAAGAGGGAGCAGUAUGAGGAUUUGGCACUGAUUUUGUGGCAUUCGUUUGGUGUUAUGACGAGUUUGUUGCAGGAGAUCGUGAGCGUGUAUCCGCUUCUCAGCCCACCAGCAUUGACGGCACACGCGAGUAACAGAGUAUGCAAUGCCUUGGCAUUACUCCAAUGUGUCGCCUCCCACAACGAGACCCGAGGUCUCUUCCUAAACGCCCACAUCCCCCUCUUCCUCUACCCCUUCCUCAACACAACCUCCAAAUCCCGCCCUUUCGAAUACCUCCGCCUAACCUCCCUCGGCGUAAUCGGCGCCCUCGUCAAAAAUGACUCAACCUCCGUCAUCAACUUCCUCCUCUCCACCGAAAUCAUCCCACUCUGUCUCCGCAUCAUGGAAACUGGGUCAGAGCUGAGUAAGACUGUGGCGAUCUUCAUCGUGCAAAAGAUUUUGUUGGAUGAUUUAGGGUUGGCGUAUAUUUGCCAGACGUAUGAGAGGUUUUAUGCGGUGGGGACUGUGUUGGGGAAUAUGGUACAGAGUUUGGUGGAGCAGCAGGCGGUUAGGUUGUUGAAGCAUGUUGUGAGGUGUUACUUGAGGUUGAGUGAUAACCCGAGAGCACGAGAGGCGUUGAGACAGUGUUUGCCGGAGCCGUUGAGGGACGCAACGUUUAGCCAGGUUUUGGCGGGGGAUACGGGGACGAAGAGGUGUUUGGCGCAGUUGUUGGUGAAUUUGUCGGAUAAUGUCGUUGGGUGA